CACCCCGGGAGCCCCCUGUGCCGUGCAGCCGGCAGCCCGAGGCGCCCCGAGGCUCGGACCCCGGCACCGCGUCCGUAGAGACCCCGAGAUCCGUGGUCCCCCCCGUCCCGGCGUCUGAGCCCGGGUGUGGGGGCCGUCUCAGGUGACCCUUCCCCACCUGAGGAGCCAGCACACCGGCCGCCCCCGAGGGUUCUGGACCCCGAGCGUCCCGCAGCUCUCUGGGGAGAGGACGGGGACCCCGAGCCACAAGACUCCCUCCUCGAGUCGCCGGCCGGGCGGCCCGAGCCCCUCCGGCGGGAGUCCGGGCCUGCCGCUCGACGGCCGCCGUGUCCAUCACUUGCAAAGGGGACUCUGGAAGUUAGAAGCCCGCGCGCUGCCGCCUCCGCGCGCCCCUGGAGUUCGGGGGGACUCGGGGAGCCCCGUGCGGGACCCUCGCGUAGAAGAUUCGGGACUCCGGGUAUCCCCCCCACACACACCCUUGUCCAGCCCGGCCCGGCCCAUCCGCCACUCCGGAGUCGAGGCUGUCCCCGCUCCAACUUAGGACAGCGAGAACUUCUCACCGCCGGACCCCGCGCCGCGCGAGCCCCCGGAGCCUGAGCGCGCCCCCGAGGGCAGGGGCCCGGCCGGGGCUGCCGGGGCCGGGGGAGGUCGCUGCUGAACCCGCUCAGCCAUGCCCGAGGGAGCCCGGGGACCCAGCCUGGCCAAACGCAGCCUCGGACUUGGGGAGGUGUGUGACUGCCCCGCUGCGUGUGAGACCCGGCCAGCCUCCACCGCCCCGGCCAUGGCCUCCCCAAGAGGGUCCGGAAGCUCCACAUCUCUGAGCACGGUGGGCUCCGAAGGGGACCCAGCCCCAGCGCCUGCUCCAGCCUGCCCCGUCUCCAGGCCUGAGCCCCUCCCAGGGCCGCCCAUUCGCCUGGAUCUGUCGCCCGUGGGCAUCGCAGCUUCAGUAAAGCCCUCGAGGCUGGAGCGUGUGGCCCGGGAGAUCGUAGAGACGGAGCGGGCCUAUGUCCGCGACCUGCGCUGCAUUGUGGAGGACUACCUGGGCCCUCUGCUGGACGGUGGGGUUCUGGGCCUGAGUGUGGAGCAGGUGGGCACGCUGUUUGCCAACAUUGAGGACAUCUACGAGUUCAGCAGUGAGCUCCUGGAGGACCUAGAGGGUUGUAGCACUGCAGGGGGCAUUGCUCAGUGCUUCGUACAGCGGAGCGAGGAUUUUGACAUCUACACAUUGUACUGCAUGAACUACCCGAGCUCCCUGGCCCUGCUCCGGGAGCUGGCGCUGUCUCCGCCAGCGGCCAUGUGGUUGCAGGAGCGCCAGGCCCAGCUCCGCCACUCGCUGCCCCUGCAGAGCUUCCUGCUGAAGCCUGUACAGCGCAUCCUCAAGUACCACCUGCUACUGCAGGAGCUAGGCAAGCACUGGGCCGAGGGCCCUGGGGCCGGGGGCCGCGAGAUGGUGGAGGAAGCUAUUGUGUCCAUGACAGCGGUGGCCUGGUACAUCAAUGACAUGAAACGCAAGCAGGAGCACGCCGCACGCCUGCAGGAAGUGCAGCGGCGGCUGAGCGGUUGGACCGGCCCGGAGCUCAGUGCCUUCGGGGAGCUGGUGCUGGAGGGUGCAUUUCGAGGGGGUGGCGGGGGCGGCCCCCGGCUCCGUGGGGGUGAGCGGCUGCUCUUUCUCUUCUCCCGAAUGCUGCUCGUGACCAAGCGGCGGGGACCAGAAUACACCUACAAGGGCCACAUCUUUUGCUGCAACCUGAGUGUGAGUGAGAGUCCUCGAGACCCUCUCGGGUUCAAGGUGUCAGAUCUGACCAUCCCCAAGCACAGGUACCUGCUCCAGGCCAAGAACCAGGAAGAGAAGAGGCUGUGGAUUCAUUGCCUGCAGCGCCUCUUCUCUGAGAACCACCCUGCCUCCAUCCCAGCCAAGGCCAAACAGGUUCUCCUGGAGAACAGCCUGCACUGUGCUCCCAAAAGCAAGCCUAUCCCAGAGCCCUUGACGCCCCCACUCAGCUCCCCACGACCCCGUGAGGCCAGGACAUUCACCCCUGGCCGGAGGAGCACAGCUCCAUCUCCAGGCCUUUCUGGGAGUCGUCGUGGUCGCAGACAGUCCGAGCCGGUGAAGGACUCCUCUGUCGUAUUUGUACAGAACGAGAAGCCUGGAGUCAGGCAUGCUGGCAGCGAGGGGGAGCUCUAUACACCCACAGAGCCUCAGGUGCCAGGCUCAGCUUCUGGCCCCACUGAGGACCCAGAAGACACGGGACCCCCCACACUGGACCCCUCCGGAACCUCUAUCACUGAGGAAAUCUUGGAACUGCUGAGCCAGAGAGGCCUCCGCGACCCAGGGCCAUCUGCCCACAACAUUCCCAAUCUCCCCGGAGACUCCCAAGUGGCAGGUAACAACGAACCGCUCCCUUUCCAAGCCCUGCCCAGCCGAGACUCUUCAGAGGAGGAGGAGGAGGAAGAGCUGGAGCUGGAAGACAGGGAGCCCUCCCCACUCCACGUCCUGGAGGGACUGGAGUCUUCCACUGCGCCUGAAAUUCCCAGCCUUCCCGGCCUUCUCAGAAUCCCCGACAUGCCCAGCCUCCCCGAGAUGCCCGGCUGUUCUGAAAUUCCCCAAGUGCCCUGCCUUCCCUGUCUCUCUGACAUUUCCAGUGUUUUUGAAUUACCCUGCCUUCCAGCCAUGCCUAGGGUCCCUGACAUUCCCAGCCCUCCCGCCCUGCCCUGUGACUCCUGGCUCCAGGAGUGUGUGCAGGAGGCGGUGGAGACCCCAGCGCCCAGGAGAGAACUGUUCCCCACCGCAAACCAUCCCGAGCCGCUGGGGGAACUGCCCUUGCAAAGCAGGGCCGAACCGGAGGAGCAGGAAGAGAAUGACGUGUCUUUCCCAGCCUUCCAGCCUGAGCGUGCCAGCAGCCAGGAUCAGCCAUUCCCAGAGGAGCUGCAAUUCCGCUCUUGUUCUGAAAUCCGGAGCGCAUGGCAGGCCCUGGAACAGGGGCAGCUGGCCCGGCCAGGCUUCCCAGAGCCACUGCUCAUCUUGGAAGAUUCAGACCUGGGAGGGGGUGGUGUGAGUGGGAAAGCAGGCGGCCCAGGUUCUGAAAGGGCAGCGUCUCGAGUGCGAGAGUUGGCCCGUCUUUACAGCGAGCGCAUCCAGCAGAUGCAGCGGGCUGAGACCCGGGCAUCGGCCAACGCGCCCCGCCGCCGGCCAAGGGUCCUUGCCCAGCCGCAGCCGGCCCCCCACCUGCCGCAGGAGCAGACUGAGCCAGGGCCCGUGGCUGCGUUUGGACAUGUGCUGGUGUGUGAGCUGGCCCUUCCACUGGCCUGCGCCCAGGAGUCUAUCCCCCUGGGCCCUGCAGCCCGUGUUCAAGCUGCCACACCUUUGUCUAAGCAAGGUGGCCUCCUGAGUGACCAGGAGGUAUCAGACCACAGGGGUGCCCCUGCUCCCACCCUAUGGCCUGAGUCAAGAGGCUUCCAGCAGCCACAGGCUCCAGCCACAUCACCUUUGACCCAACAGGAAGGCCCCCCAGACAUCCCUGUGCCAGCAGCUGCCUCCGCUUUGCCUCACCGAGGCCGCAUGGAAGUUGAAGUGCCAGCUGCCACUCAUCUGGUUGAGCAUAGAAGCCACGUGGAUAUGCAGGUCCCUGAGCAGGAACUUCCCAUGGACACCCAACUUGGAGUCCCCCCAGUGUCACCCACGCAGAGCUGCCAUCCUGCUGUCACAGCAUCAGCCACCACUCCUUUGCCCAAGCAAGAAGACUGCCUGGACGUCCAAAGCCCCACCGACAUGCCAGUGACUACACAGGGCGGUCCCAGGAAUGUGGAGGACCCAGUUGUUGUCAGUGGUCUAGCCGUCAGCCCUUCGCUCCUGUGUGGAAGCAGCCCAGAACCCCCUAUGCCAGCCAGCACCACACUGCCCCUGGCCUGUGACCUCCUGGACAUCCAGGUUCCAGAUACCUCACCUUCGCCUGCUCUGGAUGCUCCAGUUCCAGCCAGUGCCCCACUCUCCCUGGCCCAAGACCUCCCAGGUCUAAACGUUUCAGCUGCCGCGGCCUCGUCCCACCCACAGGGCCUCACAGACACCCGGGUCCAAGCCCUUCCACUGCUGCCCAGGCAGGGUGGCCUGGAUGUGCAGGAGCUGGCAGCAGGACCCCUGCUCACUGAUACCCGAGCCCCAAGUCUCCCACCUCCACCAGCACCACAUGGCCUCACCAGGGCUGCAGUGGCCACGACUCUGCCUGAGCAUGGACCUGCUCUGGACAUGGAGGACCUGUCACCUGCUCUGGCUGAGACCACCAUGACUGUGUCCAGACCCCAAUGCCAUGUGGUCUCUCCUGUGGCCAGGUCCAUGUCUUCAGACUUGAGUCCACCCCACAGCCCUCCACCCCCAAGUCGCCAGCUCCUGGGCCCCAGUGCAGCUGCCCUCUCCAGGUACCUGGCAGCCUCAUACAUCAGUCAGAGCCUGGCUCGGCGCCAGGGCCCCGGGGGAGAGGCCCUCGCAGCUCCCCGGGGCCCUUGGCCCUCCUCCGCCCCCACAUCCCGGGCGCCUUCGCCACCACCCCAGCCCCAGCCCCCUCCUCCCCCAGCCCGGCGCCUCAGCUACGCCACCACGGUCAGCAUCCAGGUAGGGGGUGGGGGGCGGCUAAGGCCAGCCAAGACCCAGGUCCGGUUGAACCACCCGGCUCUCUUGACGGCCACCCAAGAGCCUGUGGGCCUACGCAGGGCCCAGGGAGCUCCUGACACCCGCUUCCACACAUAAACUGGGAUUUCCACCUUCCCCUAAGGCUGGGACUACAGCCGGAUGCCACAGGCCCCCUGGACUUCGUGCCUGCAGAUCCCAGCAGCAGGCCUGCAAAUCAUAGCAGUGAAUACCUCUCCCUGGCUUGACCCGACAGGGAUAGGUAUCACGGAGGUGGAUUUCCAUUAAUAUUUUUUGUUAAUGAAUACCAAAAUCGUGUGUUUUCCCAUUCUGGAGGUGGAGUGGGGGCUGACAGACACACAGGUUCUGAAAAACCUGACUCCUUUCUGAAUAACUGGGUCCACUGUUUGCUGCUUAGCCAGGAAAGCUGAAUAGCAGCUCAACCAGCCCACGUGUCCCACUGUAGCUCAUUUGUACAGCUCUUCCCCUGGCAUGCGGCCAGCUGUCAUCCCAUCUCUUCCCUGACUAGCUCUGCCCCACCCCAUACUUAGCCUUCCGGCCAGCCAUCUUUCUGUGCAAUCUGUCCCACCAGCUCUUGUCCUUCUGGGCACCGUCUCCCUCUCUCUGUCAACUCCACUACACUUCCCUCCUCACCCUGGCUCUGGGUACUGUGGCCACAGACACUGCUCCUGCAAUGGGGCUCUGGCUGGGAGAAGCUACUCCCAUCCCUGCCUCCCAGCCUGGUCUGCAUGAAUGUCCCAAUUCUUGGCCCGCCUACAUCAUAGUCACACCCACCAGCGUGGGACCUGUGCUGCAGAGACAAAAGGCUUUUCUGUGAGGAUUCUGCCCCUAACUUCUAGCUGUGGUGUGCCCAGGGAGAAAGGGGACAAAGUAAGACAGCCUUGAGUUUGCUGCCCUCACACAUUUGUGUCUCCGUUGGCAUUUUCUGAGGCACCUGAUGGUUGUUACUUCCUAAGUGUAUGACCUUCCAUCUCCAGCCAGUCUCACCUGCUACAGUGCCUGGCUCCAGGCUCAUCCCCAAAUGUGUGAAUUUCUGACUGGCCUCAUCAACCCCCUAGGAUCUGGUCCCAGCCUAUUAGCUCCAGAAUGUGGAUUUUUGGCCAACAGCAAAGAAAGUAUAACUUGAGUGUUGUUGCAUACCAUGAGAGUUACUCACUUGAUAGUGAACUCAUUCAGCCGUCACAGCAUCCCUAAAAGGAAGCAGGGAUGCCUUUUAAUUCUCAGAGAUAAGGGAAACUGAGGCAUAGGUCUGAGCCCUCCAGUUGACUGGGUACCUUUUGCAUGCCAGGUGCUGCUCUGGCCCAGGGCUUCCAGCCAGCGCUCAACACCUGACCCCGUGUAAGUGCAGGCUGGUGCCUGUUACUCAGUGCUUACUGAACGGCCACUGUGCUCCAGGGCCCGAGUCCUGGGCCCCUCGGAGGCCUGGAGCAGACGCCAACACAGCCUCCCCAAGGUCAGGGCUGAGGCCAGCCUUCCCCUCCUCCACUCCCAGCUGUACAUUCCCAGCUGAGGCCAAGUUCCCAGCCUGGCCUGGGCUCCCAGCGGCGCCGGAAUUCCCGGUAUUUGAGGAGGCAGGGAAGGGAAGAAGGGCUGUCUACUCCAGGGCCUGGAGCAUGAAAGGGGAGCCAAGCCCCCUCUCUAGAUGUGUCCCAGCUGUUCCUCCAAGAGGGGGUCUUUGGACCUUCUGGGGAGGCCUGGGUGCAGGCUUGGCCACAGACCCAUCCUCCUGGUGUUAGAGAAUUCCAUCCUGUCCACCUAUUUGUGCUUCAAGAUUCAUCCUGCCAUCUCUUCAGAAGUCCUUCAUCCGCUGGCCUCCUGGGGCCCAGCUCCUGAGAGCCAUAGCAAAGUCGGGCUCAAGAACAGGAGUGGUGCCUGAGGCCCUAACUGGGAGGCCUGGGUUACCACCAGCUAGGCCCAGUCCCAAACCAGAAUCUGUGUCUUACCACAGGGCAGCUGCCCAGUCUCACAGGGGAACACUUGUGCCACCAAGCUCAGAGUGACCAUGAGGAAGCCUCCAGUGCGAAGCCUGGCACCUAGUUAGUGCUCUGUGACUCCCAAAGCUUCACAGGAGAAGAAAAAAAAAAUCCUGUGUUGGGAGUUAGACAGCUGUCUUGCCGCAGGCAUGCAGCAGGAGAGCUGCCGAGGCUGGGAACUUCAGCCUGGUGGAGGACACCCAAUUGCCUGAGCAGAGUCCACAUCAUCAAGGGCAAGAAGCUGUCGUCAGGAUCCUCUGCCAGGCAGAGCCCAGCUCACAUGCCAGACCAAGCAUCCACACUCCUGUUGCCUUCAGCACUGUCCGUUCCCGAGUUGCUGGCCAGUGGACCUGCUCAGCCUCCCGCAGCCCAGCUUGGUAACUGCAUGUGGCUGCAGGGAGCAGGCAUAUCAGAGUGCAGGACUCCCCGGGGGGGCGGGGGGCUACUGAAGCUGCUAACUUAAGUAGGUGUCACCCCUCCCCCACAUAGCAGUGAGGCUUUCUGAAGCGCUCCAGGCUGGUCACCCACUUCCGUUCCAGCUCUAUUUAGUGACACAUGCUUCGCUGCCUGUGACUUCUGGGCUGUGGUCGCUGCGAUGCCCCAGCGCUAACAGGCAGCCCAGCAGGUGUUCAGGGAGAGGGGCAAGACUGAGCAGUCAACUAGACGCUCCGCCAUCUCCAGCUCUGCUUCAGCGGGCCAGCUGAUGUCACCUCCCCCAGGGAGCUCACCUAAUGACUCCAGUCUGCCAGGAACAGGUAUCUGUCUGAUCCCACAAGCCACACCUCUGCCCCAGGCUGACUCCAGUGCCUCCCUCCUCAAACUGUGGCCUAUGGAGUAGCUUCAGGAGCUUCUGGACCUGGGACCACACCACCAGCCUGUGAAAGCCACUUACCCACCACACACUAGCUCUGGCAAGCUACUCCCUUUCCUCACAAAACAGGGCAGGGGGGCCUAGGGAACAUCUAGGGUUAUUAAAUCCACAGUCAGGGCCCAGC